AUGACUACCCUUUCUCCUCCCCCGCAUGGUGGCGGGACGCCACGUCACCCGUCCUUCAUCAACACUGUCAAGGACUUUAGGCCAAGCGAUCGUCCCUUGCUCUCUUUCAUUGCCCUCAGCGCGGCCCAGAGCUCUGUGGCCCGUUCCGCCGAAGUUGUCUUGGAUGCGGCGCUGAUGCCCCCCACGACGCCGUCGUCAUCGGAGUCUCUGGCUCCAUCGGUCGCCGAAAUCAGCAGCGCCGACCGCUUGAGUGCCCGAUACCCCGAAGUGCGCGUGCUGCUUCAUUUGCACUACUUGCGGUGUGCGCUCCGCGAUCUACAGGAGUGUCCCACACACGCACGUCGAACUUUCUUCUCCAUCAUCCAUGAGCACCUCGCCGCCUUAGCGCUGGUACUGCCGGAACCACUCUUCACCGCCAUCGCUGCAGUGCUUCAGCGCUUCCUGGCCAUGAGCACCGACGAGGCCCUCGCCAAGGACCGCUGUCACGUGCUGGAGGUGCAGCUGAUGCACAUUGUGGAGGCAACGCAGACGGAGCUGCUGCGCGCCACAAAGCAGCUGAGUACGCGAGCCGGAGUCAUGACGCUUCGCUUUCACCACGACAUCCCCUACCUGUGA